GCAGCGCCCUGCAGCUCGGCACCUGGCGGGGGCGCGCAGCCAGUGGAGUGGGUGGUGCAGGGCAGGGGUGGUAUAUCCAGUCUGACCGAGGGCGGGCCCCGCCAGUGCCAGCAGAGGGACGAGCCGGGGUGGAGGCGCCAGGAGCCGCCGCCGGGAGCCUCACGCGGACCUCUCACUCUAUGGCCCUCGGGAGCCGCUGAGCACCAGCAGAGCCGCAGCCGCCCGCCCGCCCGCCCGCCCCGCCGCACCUCGCCGCCCCUCUCGGCUCUCGCACGCCCGGCCCGCGCCUCCCGCCGCCAUGAACCACUCGCCGCUCAAGACCGCCUUGGCCUACGAAUGCUUCCCCGACCAGGACAACUCGACGCUGGCUUUGCCGUCGGACCAAAAGAUGAAGACCGGCACGUCGGGCAGGCAGCGCGUGCAGGAGCAGGUGAUGAUGACCGUCAAGCGGCAGAAGUCCAAGUCUUCCCAGUCGUCCACCCUGAGCCACUCCAACCGAGGUUCCAUGUAUGAUGGCUUGGCCGACAAUUACAACAACUAUGGGACCACCAGCCGGAGCAGCUACUAUUCCAAGUUCCAGGCGGGGAAUGGCUCAUGGGGAUAUCCGAUCUACAACGGGACCCUCAAGCGGGAGAAUGACAACAGACGCUUCAGCUCCUACAGCCAGAUGGAGAACUGGGGCCGGCACUACCAACGGGGCAGCUGUAACGCAACGGGCGCCGGCAGCGACAUCUGCUUCAUGCAGAAAAUCAAGGCGAGCCGCAGCGAGCCCGACCUCUACUGUGACCCUCGGGGCACCCUGCGCAAGGGCACACUGAGCAACAAGGGCCAAAAGACCACCCAGAACCGCUAUAGCUUCUACAGCACCUGCAGUGGCCAGAAGGCGGUCAAGAAGUGCCCUGUGCGCCCGCCCUCCUGCACCUCCAAGCAGGACCCGGUGUACAUCCCACCCAUCUCCUGCAACAAGGACCUGUCCUUCGGUCACUCGAGGGCCAGCUCCAAGAUCUGCAGUGAGGAUAUUGAGUGCAGUGGGCUGACCAUCCCCAAGGCCGUGCAGUACCUGAGCUCCCAGGAUGAGAAGUACCAGGCCAUCGGGGCCUAUUACAUCCAGCACACCUGCUUCCAGGAUGAAUCGGCCAAGCAGCAGGUCUAUCAGUUGGGAGGCAUCUGCAAGCUGGUGGACCUCCUCCGGAGCCCCAACCAGAACGUCCAGCAGGCUGCGGCUGGGGCCCUGCGUAACCUGGUGUUCCGGAGCAUCACCAACAAGCUGGAGACCCGGAGGCAGAAUGGGAUCCGAGAGGCUGUCAACCUCCUGAGGAGAACCGGGAGCACUGAGAUCCAGAAACAACUGACUGGGCUGCUCUGGAACCUGUCUUCCACUGAUGAGCUGAAGGUGGAACUCAUCGCCGACGCCCUGCCUGUGCUGGCUGACCGGGUCAUCAUUCCCUUCUCUGGCUGGUGUGAUGGCAACAGCAACAUGACCCGGGAAAUAGUGGACCCUGAGGUCUUCUUCAAUGCCACAGGCUGCUUAAGGAACCUGAGCUCUGCCGAUGCAGGCCGCCAGACCAUGCGAAACUACACGGGGCUCAUUGAUUCCCUCAUGGCCUAUGUCCAGAACUGCGUGGCCGCCAGCCGCUGUGAUGACAAGUCUGUGGAGAACUGCAUGUGUAUCCUGCACAACCUCUCCUACCGCCUGGACGCCGAGGUGCCCACCCGCUACCGCCAGCUGGAGUACAACGCCCGCAAUGCCUACACGGAGAAGUCCUCCACCGGCUGCUUCAGCAACAAGAGCGAUAAGAUGAUGAACAACAACUACGACUGCCCCCUUCCGGAGGAAGAGACCAAUCCCAAGGGCAGCAGCUGGUUGUACCACUCGGAUGCUAUCCGCACCUACCUGAACCUCAUGGGCAAGAGCAAGAAAGACGCCACCUUGGAGGCCUGUGCUGGUGCCCUGCAGAACUUGACUGCCAGCAAGGGGCUGAUGUCCAGUGGUAUGAGCCAGUUGAUUGGGCUCAAGGAAAAGGGCUUGCCCCAGAUUGCUCGCCUCCUGCAAUCUGGCAACUCUGAUGUGGUGCGGUCCGGAGCCUCCCUCCUGAGCAACAUGUCCCGCCACCCUGUGCUGCACAGAGUGAUGGGGAACCAAGUAUUCCCAGAGGUGACCAGGCUCCUCACCAGUCACACUGGGAACACCAGCAACUCGGAAGACAUCCUGUCUUCAGCCUGCUACACUGUGAGGAACCUGAUGGCCUCCCAGCCGCAGAUGGCCAAGCAGUACUUCUCCAGCAGCAUGGUCAACAACAUCAUCAACCUGUGCCGCAGCAGCACCUCGCCCAAGGCUGCAGAAGCUGCCCGCCUCCUCCUGUCUGACAUGUGGUCCAGCAAGGAGCUGCAGGGUGUCCUCAGACAGCAAGGUUUGGAUAGGAACAUGCUGGGAUCCUUAACUGGGCCAAACAGCUUCAGGAACUUCACCUCCCGAUUCUAAGAAGGGGCUGCUCAAGCAAGCAAGAUUGCAGAAAUGAUGUGACCCAGCUGAGAAGAACUCAGGCCUUGCUGGAGGGGUGACUCUGUCCACCCUGUGCAUUGUUUAGAAAGGUUCAAAUGCAAUUGAAAGCAAACCUGAAGGCUGUGGAUGAUGGAAAUAUUUUUAGAUUUUUUUUUUUCCUUGGGGGAACUGGCAGGCAGGGAGGGUUGGGAAGGGUGGGGGGGGGCUUUUCUUGAGUUAAAGGGGCUUAUGUUUCAUGUCAAUACUUCUUUCUCUGAGAAAUGGUGUAUAUAUAGAUCUAUAUCUAUAUAUACACAUAUAUAUAUGUAUGUAUAAUGUAAGUGUGUGUGUGUGUGCAUGUAUGACCGCAAAGUGCAAACAGCGAAGCUGUUACUGCAGCCCGUGAGGUGGUAAAAGGGACAGUCCCAUGUUUCUUACUCGUAGGCAGGGACUUCCGUGCUUUUUGUUUAGCUCCCCAUAGUUCCCAAACUGUGCCGUGCCAGGACAGGGGGCCCGCACCGGGCUCACGUCCAUGAGAAGUCUUGCGAGGGAACCGUGGAGUGGGGGGAGGUAAGGGGGAAGGAGGGGAGAGUACCUGGGCCUGGGGGCAACCUCCCUCCUUAAGAGGCAGCUUUGCAGGAAGGGAGGCUGGCCGGGCUGUGAAGUUCAGUGUAUCUUAUGGGAAAAUCUAGUUGGCUGAUGAUGCUGCCCUUCCUGCAAGGCCACAGGGACUGGCCACGGGGCCUGGGGCUGGACAGGGUUGGGGCUCUAGAGGACAGGCGAGGACAGCCACACUUGCUUUGCUGCCUGAAGUCUGUUCUGGGGGAGUAGGAGCCAGAGAGAUGGGGCUGGCCAUUCUCCUGGGCUGUGUACCGGUCAAAGGAGGCUCAGCCUAUAAAGCCCCUGCCUUCAGAGGCUUGUCAUCUACCUGUUUCAGGAGAAAGAAGGCAAAAUGGUGCCCAAAGCCAAAGAACUGUUCAGGACAUGGCUGUUUGGUCUUCGUAUUCCCAACAGUGAGGGGGACAGGCUGGGGUUGGACUGGGACCUGCUCCGGGCUCCGGUGGGAGAGCGGCUAUUUGGAAACUAACCAGGAGGACACUUCCCUGCGUGCCUGAUAAGACUCAAGUGAGAGAGUGUUUUGGGUCCCAGAAGACUUGGAAGACAGGAAUUUGGGUCGACCAGGAAGGAGAACUGUCGAAUCAGGGCACCAGCCAGCCCAAGACCCAGCAGCGGCCGUCCCCACCUUCCCCUGAACCCCGGGCAUCCUGGUCCUCACUCUAUCUUUGGGAAAACCACAGAGGAUGUGAUAAAAGGGGCUUGUCAGGGGCACCGGCCACACUCAAGACCCCAGACUCUUGAGCAUUUCAGAUGAGAAGUAGUAGAAGGACCCCCUGAGGGCCCCAUGGAAAAGCUUGCUGUAAAUAACCCUUAGUAUAUACUGUAAGAUAGAGAGAACAUAGGGUUCCCAAGGCUUCCCUGAUUUCUGCCUUCACCACCUAUACUAACUGUUGGUGUUGGACAGGAAUUAACCGCCUGGUUCAUAUCCUUCUCUAGAAGAAUAGAAGAUGCUCCUCACCUUUCAUUCCUCCUCCUCCUCCUCCUCCUCCUCCUCCUCCUCCUCCUCCUCCUCCUCCCAGGUCCCCUGCCUGACCCCCCACCCUGAACUACACCCCAAUCCAACCCCACUUCUUACCCCAGCAGUCAGAGUUGAAAAGUACCUUUCCGAACGAAGGAUGUGCCUAUUAAGAGAUGUGACAACUGAGACUGGGGCCAGACGUGUGAUGACAGGCCAUUUAACCAGGUCCGUGAUGCCCUCCCUCUUUUUUGCUCAUGAUGGAAGGCCUCCUCCAGGCUCACCCCUCUCUCUCAGGAGCCACGAGGGAGCCCAGUCCCACCAGACAGUCCUGGGUGUAGGUUCCAGGAUGACUCCUCUGCCAGUCAUCAGGGCUCAGAGGAAUUCAUUUCUUAAAAAAAAUACGGAUGGUGCACCAAUAUGUGCCAGGCAGUGUUCUGAGCACUCGGGAUGCAUCGGCGAACAAAACAGACCAAGCCCUGUCCUCAUGUACCUUACAUUCUCCGGGAGGAAGGAGGAGACACGGGGCUCUUGGCUUGGGGGAUCCCCCAGUGUGAGAGGACUGUCCAGAACAGUCAGGACAAGAAGGAAAUAGCCCACUACCAGGGAGUCUGUGACAGCCCUCUAGGAGAUGGCCCUUCCCUUAGCGGUGUCCUGACCUCCUGCCAUUCCUCUGCUGGUUUUCUGUCACCAGCUGUGCUGUAGAUCCAGGUGGGCCCAGCCCUCUGCCUUGGGGAAUGGUGGGCUCAGGUGGACAGUUAGGCCAGGCCUGAUUUGGUAACCUCUCUAGGGCUUUCUCAGGCCGGCCAGCUGGCCCUGUGACCUGGGCCUCUGACCCAUGCCUGUUACUUUGGAAGAGGCAAAACUGAGAGGGUCCUGAGGAUGCAUUUCCUAAAGACAGGAGUAGGGGGUUGGCCCAGGCAUGGCUCAGUAUCUCAAGCCCACGUUGGCCUCAUGCUAUCAGGGUUGACGCCCCAAACAAGACAUUCCAAUUUGAGGGCAAUGAGGGAGGACAUAGGCCACCCAGUCUCUCCCUGUCCCUGUCCUGACCCCAGGAUCUCUUGUGCUUAAGAUCCAGUCAUUGGCCACCAACAGCCUGUCCAGUGGGGGCCAGACCAGCAACGCAGACCCCCGUGCUUCCCCUAGUGAGGCCGUGGAGGGUUUUCUCCAGCCAUGUGGAGACAGUGGCGUUCUCUCUCAUCCACCGCAGAGCCUGACUGGAGUGGGGGGGGGGGGGGAUGGCUAAGAUGAGGAGCUUCGGACAAGGGGACGGGCAGGGGUUGACGAGCAGAGGGAAGCCCAGGGGACGUUCUGAGAGGUAUCCUGGAACCCCUCUGGAGCCCGUGUCUCCCUUUGCUCCAUAUUUGUAUAAGAACCUUGUGCUGGCCAAGCCCAGUGUCUCUGUGUGUGCACUAUGUGUUUGCUUUUUUGGAAAUAUAGGAAAUCAAUAAAUUGCUGGCAUUUCUUUGAA